AUGUUGAUAGCUCUGUGGAUUUUAUUUUAUCAUAUCCAUCGAAUUAUUUCGAUGGAAUGUGAAUAUUCAUCACGUGAAUAUCAAGUUGUUCUUCGACCAGAUUUAUUAGCAAAUUCAUUUCAAGCUGGUGUUAUGAAAUUUAUUGAUGUAUUAGCUAAGAUUGAAGAUACAAAAGUUAUUGAUUUCAAAGUUUCACGAUCAUCUUUAAAAUAUAAGAAUAUGACUAUAGUUGACUAUACUCCAGAAAACAGUCAACUAUCCGAAGAAUUUUUCAUUCCAAUCAAAUUUAAAUCACGACAAAAGAAAACAACUGAACCAGCUGAUAUUGUUAUGAAAAUUUCAAAUGCUGAUCCAGGACUUUCAUGUGUCCCAUUAACGGUUGCACAAAAUUAUAUUGAUACAACAAAGAUUAAAUUUGAACUUGAUGUACAUGGUGAAAAUGGUCGUAUUAGACCUCAAUUUGCACAUAGUUAUACUACUGAUCUAUCAUUAGACUUUGAUCAAACAACUGCAAUCAAUCUAUCUUCUAUUCUUAUCGAUGCUGCUACUAAAACCACACGUUCCAACGAACCAAUUAUUAUCAUUCCUAAUUCAUAUGGCAAGAAGACAUUGCAAACAGCUGAUUUUGAGAUUCGUUUAGCAGGAGAAAAAGCAGAAGCAGAGAUCCGAUAUUAUCGAGACGCAAGUGUGCUACAACCUGAAUUUUCUUUUAGAAUCAAAGGUGCAACAGUUCAGCGAGAAAUACUUAUUGCUUCACAGCAGUUAAUUAGUCAAUUGUCACAAUUGUCAUCAAUUGCUUUAUAUGCUUUGAUACAACCAAAAUAA